AUGGACCGCGCCACCUUCUUUUCGUCUCUCUCCGCAUUCCACUCGGAGAGGGGACAGACCCUGGCUCCAGACCCACUCCUGGGGGUGCACGUGGACUUGUACGACAUGUUUGUCGUGGCGAUGGAGCAAGGAGGCUUCCCGCGAAUAAACAAAAACAAUAAGUGGAGUUUCUUAGGGAAACAACUCGGAGUCAUUCCGAAGGAUAAGGCUGCCUCACAACACGAGGUCGAACAGGUUAAGCGCUUUUAUGUACGAUGGAUUCGGCAGUUUGAAGGAGAGAAGAUUUCUCCUGAACUCCGGAAGCAACUGCAGCCGUUGGGGGCAGAUGCUGCUCGGCGAGCUGCUGCUGCAGCACCGGCGGUUGGAUCUUACCCUGCUGCUGCACCAUAUUCUUCUGCAGCUGCAGCUGCAGCAGCAACCAGCCACACCAGCUUCAUGCAGCAGCAUGGUGUUGGCCCCUCCAUGCACCCUUUGCGACAUCAGCAACACCAUAUGCUGCCGCAGCCGCAGCAGCUGCAGCAACUACAGCAGGAGCAGCAGCAUUGGAAGGGCAUCGACUCCGAUAACAGCAGCAGCAAAGUCAAGGCAGAGAAGCGAAUGCAGCUUCUGCAGAAGCAUGCAGCUGUAGAUGUCUUCAGGCUAAUGAGGAGAAGGGACAGGCUUGCUGCUAAAUACUCUCCCGAAGCGGUGGCUGCGCGCAUGGCAGCCCGCGAGCGGCGGCGGCAUCUUGUGGAGUCGGGGCAGCUAGGGCCGGCGACAGGCAAGGUCUCUGCUGUGGAACGCGUUGGUAUUGAGAUCAGCACGUCGUCUGUUAUUGCUUGUGCUGCUGCUUUGCUGCUGCUGCAGCAUCCUGGGUUGCUGUACGAAGUGAGCCUGCUGUUGGAGGAAGCUGCUGCUUCAUGCAGGGAGCGCCUUCUCUCUCUACAUCAACCGAGCGCUCCUCCUGUAGAUCUUCCGCUGCUAUUUGGCUGUAUAUACAACUUUGCAGCAACCGCAGAAGAACGAGCAGCAGCAGCAGUAGCGCCGCUGGACCCGAUGGACUUGCUACAGCCAGAGCUGUUGCAGCUACCCGGCGCUCCCUGGGCGGCAGCAAACAGCAGCAGCAGCAGCGGUAGCAAGCUUGGUCCCCUCCUUGCGCUCCAUGCCCUACAGCUAGCCAGUGCUGUCUCCGCAAAUUUGCUGCUUCCUGUCGAAAACAGACUCAGCCUUGCCGGCUUUACGAGGGCCUCCCUAGGGCCGCUGCUGCUGGCCGCUGCUGCGAUACAGCGCAGCAACAGCAACAGCAACAGCAACAGCCACGCGACUGCGGCGCUAGAAGCUGCAGCAGCUGCUGCUGAAGAAGCAGAAGACCUCGUUGACAGUGAUGCAGACUGGAUAGAUCAGGAAGAGGAACAAGACCAUUCAAGCGAGGUUGGCGGGGCCUUGACGCGGCAAGGCCGAGUCUUUCGCCGCCCGGAGUCGCCAGUGGAGGCGUCGCCUCGGCCGUCUCUGCCAGGCGUCACCAGCAGCGGCAGCGGCGGGAGCAGCAGCAGCAGUACUGGGGGGUUCCCUGAGUGUUGGGGCGGCCCACUGAAGGAGCAGCGGCUGAAGGAGGAGGGUGAGAGCUUGAAGGCUGCUGCGGCUGCGCUGUUGUCGGCAGUGGACUGUGUUGCUGUUGCUGCCCUGCGGGCGGAACGUCUAAUUGGAGCAGCAGCGACGCGUGCAGCCGCCGCUGCAGCGAGGGCAUCAGUGGCUGCAUCGGCCUACUCUCCAGCAGCAGGAGAAACUCCAGCAGCAGAUCCUGUUGCUGCAGCAGAGGCGUUUGUGAAAGCAUCAGCGGCAGAACUUCUGCAGGGCCUGAUUGACGAAAAGGAAGCCGCACUUUACAGCUCUGCACCGGCAGCAGCAAGGGGAGAUCAUUCCUCUCCUGUGGAGGCCUUAAUGAGCUACAGCACUAGGUGGGAGCUGCGGCAGCUGCUGCAGCUGCAGACCAUGCUCGGUCUCCAGACACCGGAUUCGCAGCAGCCACAGCAGCAGCGACAGUCGAAGAGGGGAGCGUUCGCUGACGUAGCAAACACUGCAGUAGCAACUGCAGCGGGAGCUAAACGGAUGCGAACAGAGGAGGAAGAGGCUUUCGCGGCGAGUCGUAGCGGCAGCCCCACACCAAAAGCAGCAGCAGCUUCUGGAGCAGCAAGGAUAGAAGCAAGCACAGACACGCCGCUUGUAAAUACGCCCCGCGCUGUCGCUGCUUCUCUGCCACCUCCAACGCCGACUCAGAACUUUCUCUUCGGGCUCCCUGCCGAGCCUCCUGCUGACACACUGCAGCAGCAGCAGGAAGAGCAGCAACAGAAACAACAGCAAGAGACUCCAGCAGGGGCCUCCCGGGUGCAGGGCGGCCACAACAAGGCACAUCGGGCAGUGCAGCAGCAGCAACGCAACAAAAUGUUAGACCCGAGGGGCGCCCCGCCUCCUAGUGCUGCUGUAGCUGCUGCUGUGCUGCAGCAGCAGCUACAGGUGCCGCCUUCCUCCGUCGCCGUGCUGCUGCAGGAUGCCACAGAGUUCGUCGUCGUGCAUAUGCAGCAGCCCCAGCAGAAGCAGGCUACGCCUAGUGCUGCUGGCGGGUCGAGGUACACAUCGCCGCGGACGAACUGCAGCUACAGCGGUGGAGGCAACUGCAACAGUGACGCAGCAGCUGCUGGUGCUGCAUCAGAAGGAGACACUGGGGUGUCGGCGAAGGCCAUCGCUGACGCGUUGCAGCAAGCUCUGCAGAGCAUUUCUCGGCCACAGCAGAUGCAGCUGAUGAGCAGAGCGGCGGCAAUAUUCAGGGCGUGCGGCCUGCAUGUAGACAGUAGCAGCCGGCGCAUUUUCGUGGUGCUGAGGCUGCUGCAACAGCUGGGGCCUCCUUUUGCAUCUGCCCUCACUCCACUUGUUAGCAGGUUGGGUGAGCAAAUUGUUGCCGAAGAAGAGGCUGCAGCUGAUGCUGCUGCUGCUGUGGGGCCGUACACUAGCCUGGGUGCUUCUGCAGCAGCAGCAGCAGCAGCAACAACGCGGCAGCAGCAGCAGCAACAGAGACUGCAGCAGAUGCUGUUCCUUGACUUCGCGUCAGAAGCGGAGGCUCUUUCGCCUUUUCUCUCAACAGCAACGAGCGCGGCAAAGGCAUUCUCUGCAAUUGUGUCACUGCUGCCUCCUUCUCCUUCUGUGUGCCCUGGUGUCUCGUGGAGUUCGCGUGCUGGCAGUGAUCAGCAGCAGCAAGAUAAGCUGCAGCAGGGGAAGAGACAGAAGCAGCGUGAGCAUGAGCAGCAGCAGCCGGAAGAAUCAUGGAUAGGUCUCGCCGCUGCUGCGUCGCUUGCGCGGCUGUUGCGAGGCCUCCAGGCUGAAGCGGGGCUCCGCCUCCCCAGGUGUCUUCUUAGUGCCAAAGGUGCCACUGUGGCUGCUGCAACUGUUUGCCCUGACAUGGCUGCUGCUGGGGCGGCAGCCGUGCCAGCUGCUCUUGCAGCUGGUGCUACUGUGACUAUUGCUGCUGCUGGCUUUCAGUUUCUGCAGGCGGCAUUUGAAUGUGCUGCUCAGUUGCUCCUUUUCAGACAGUCGGUAUUAAAACCCCAUAUGGAUGUAUUUUUGUCUGUGGCCGCCGCGGUUCUGCAAAUUGAAGUGGAGUUGCCGCGUCUGAGGAUCCCCCGGUCUCUCAUUCGUGCAACACUAUCGUUUUUAUACCUUACGUGCACCGCUCCCCCGCGGCUCCUGCUGUCGUGUCUGGAGGCGCUCGUGCAAGCGCAUGGCACCCCAGGAGCAGCUACAACAACAGCAGCAGGUGACGCAGCGGCAGGAGCAGCACAGGACAGCAAAGACCAGGUUGCGGAUUCCCCUGUUGAGGGUUUGCCGAAGGCUGCUGCUGCGGAAGCAGCAGCUAAACUCUUCUUGACGCCCUUACUGAGAUACAUUCGGCACAAGAUGAUGGAAGCAGCACGUUUGUCUGCUCAGGAGGAGCUGGCGGAGGUGAUCGGCCCUGCAUGCACGGGGUCUGCUGCCGCUUCUGCAGCAGCCGCAGCAGCAGCAGCGUCUGCCUCUCACGACUUCAGCAACAGCAACAGCAGGUUGCCGGAAUGUGCAGCAGCAACAGGGUCUGCGCAUGCACCAGGUGACAUGCAGCCUGCUGCUGCUGCAGAAGCUUGGCUGCAGCGCGGUGCUACUGUUCGUCUGGCACGUUCGGCGACACCUCGACUGCCACCGCAGCAGCAGCUUGCUGCUGCUGCUGCUCCUUCUUUGCUGCUACCUGCUGAGGAGAGGCAGCAGAUAGCAGCAGAAGCGAUUGCUGCCGCAGCAGCUUCUGGGCUGCGCACCAGCCGCAGUGCAGCACACGGGGGGCAGUCUCAUACAACCGACGCUGAAGGCUUAGAGGAGACCGUUAACAGGAUGCUACCGCGACGAGACACUCGGGGGCCUCGUUCUGCUGCUGCUGCUGCGUUGGACCCGCUGGUGACGCAACAGCACCACCUGCAGCAGCAGAAGCAGCAGCAGCACUUCCUGCAGCAGGCACAGCACCAGCAGCCUUUCGCUCAUCCAAAUCACCAGCAACACCCGCAGCAGCAGCAACAACAACCGCAGCAGCAGCAGCCGCUGCCACCACGGGAAGGACCAGUGCCAGUACAGCAGGGAGCAGGCCCAUCUGGUGUGCAGCUAACGGGACAGACGCAGCAUGCAGAGGAGGAUGAGCAGCAAGAUGCACAGCCCGUACAGCAGCAGCUGCUGCAGCAUCAGUUUCCUCUUCACCAGCAGCAGAUGACACCAUCGCAGCCCCCACUUGUACAGCAGCACCUACCUCUGGGGGUGGUGACGCAGCAAGGUGUGAGCCUUCCUGUUCUUCCGCAGCAGCAGCAGCAGCAGCUGAUGCAUGCGCAGCAGCAGCAGCAGCAGCAGCCUAUGCAGCCUCAGCAGAUUCAGCAACAGCGUCAGCAACUGCAACAACCGCACAUGCAGCAGCAGCUGCUUCAGUCUUCACCGAUGGGGGCUCCAUCGUUUUCACCUGUUCCUGUGGAUAUUCACCAACAGCAGCUGCAGCACAUGCAGCUGCAGCAGCAACAUAUACUGCAGCAGCAGCGCCUUCCGUUCUCGAGCCCACCAAUGCAGCAGCCAAUGCAGCAGCAAGUGUUGCAGCCACAGCAGCAACACCGCGUGGUGCCACCACAGCAGCCCAUGCUGCCGCAACAGAACCUGCAGCAGCAGCAGCCAUUUCAUUUGACACAAGAGGACAUGCAGCAGGCGCACAUGCAGCAGCAACACCUGCUGCCGCAGCACCCCCAGCACCACCAAGAGCAGAUAGAGCAACAGCAACAACAGCAGCAGCAGGACAGCGAAGCCACCAGACCCCCACUUGCUUUUGACUACUCGCAGCAACUCGGGGCAGCGCGGCCUCCUUCCCCGACGCUGGGCCCAGCAGGUACACCAACUGAGCAGCAGCAGAUGCAACAGCAGCAAGUGCAGCAACAGCAGAUACAACAACAGCAGAUGCAGCAACAGCAGCAGCAGAUACUACUGCAGCAGCAGCUCCACCAACAGCAGCAGCAAUUGCAGCAGCAGCAGCCGGCGUGGCUGCAGCAGCAGCAGUUUCAGAGUGCGUCUCCUUCGCAAGCUGUAGGCCAAGUACAGCAGCAGCUGCAGCAACGGCGUGGCAUGGCACCGUUGCAACAGGUUCAGCAGCGGCAGUCCCGGCAGCAGCAGUUUGUGAUGCAGGGAAAUCAACAGCAGCAGCAACAGCAGCAGCAGCAGUCACCUGCUCCUGCGCAUUUGCAGCAGCACCAUCGGCCGCAACCGCAUCAGCAGCAGCCGCUACAACAACAACAGCAACAGCCACAGCAACUGCAGCAGCAACCCCAGCAGCAGCAGCAGCCACCUGUUUUUCGGCAGCAACAGAAGCUGCUCCAGUCACCGCACCCGGUGGCACAUCGCGCAGCACCAACAAAGUCAACAGUAGCAGGAAGCACCAUAGCAGACACCCUAGGUAACUCGACGGGGACGCAAGGGGCAUCAACACCAGCAGCAGGAACGGGAGCAGUAACAGCCUCAGCUGCAGCAGGGCGAAAAGCCACAUCAGGGACCACGUCGGGCACGCCAUCACCCACAACAGCAGCAACAGCAGCAGCAGUGGCAGAUUGGGAUGAUCAAGAGAGCGAAGGUGAAGAGGAAGAGUCCGUCAACGACACGACAGCUGUUGCUGUUGGCUGCAUUGGGGCUUUAGCAGCAAACCCGCAACUGCUGCCUUUGCUGCGGCCUCACCUUCCACUGUUAACGGAGCUAGCUUGGCUGCGGACGCCUUUUAGCGGUACUUUGUGGGCUGUUGUGGGAGAGUUGCUGCUACCUGCAAUAGAGCAACAACACCAGCACCAACAGCAGCAGGAACAGCAGCGGCAACAGCCGAGUGUCUCACCAGCAGCGCUGAAGGCGUUGGCAAACCUUGGGGGCUUCCAAGAGUACUUGAGCGUCCUCAAGGUAGUCACAAAACCGUGA